AUGCAGAAGGAACAGCAUCCUUCGUCGCUCAUAAAGCCAGUCGAAGAUUGCACAUUGCCACAACCACCACCACCACCACCACCACCAGCAGAAGAAGCCAGCACUGAACACUGCAUCACAAAAACAGCAAAGUAUGACAACUCCAGCUCCCCUGCCGGUGAAAACCUCGCCUAUGUUGGCAGACCCGAGUAUCUGCCAGGGGAGUUCGCCACAGAAGGAGACUCUGACGGCGAGGCGCCCAAGUGUUCCAGGGGUGAUGCCGAAAUGUCGUAUCUACAGUCGCUCAAAGCAUUUGAUUUCCCACCGAGGCCGGUGCGGGAUGGCCUUAUCGACAACUUUCUCAAAAUCUGCAGUCCUUGGAUGCCGGUGGUGGAGAUAGAGGACCUGAAGCUCCAGAAUACUGGCUCGGGACCUACCUCGUCAACGCCUGGAGGGUCACUACUCCUGACCCAAGCUGUUCUCGUCGCUGGUAGCCGAGUCCAACCUACAGCGCGAUCACCCAACUCAGACUGUGCGAGUUUUUACAGCAAAGCCAAGGCGUUGUUCUUCGCGGAUGUUGAGACGGAUCCCCUGAACACGAUUAGUGCACUGUGUUUGAUGCAAUGGUACAACCCAAGCGGGCCUGAACACGUUUCAAUCCAUUCGAGUGGCUUCUGGCUUAGGACCGCAGUCGGGCUGGGGUAUCAGAUAGGGUUACAUCGUGAACCAGAUCCGACUUCCGUCAAGUGCAAACUGCGACGAAGACUCUUUUGGACACUAUUCUCGCGAGAUUGUCAACUGUCUAUCGCUCAAGGCCGCCCCCGAGCCAUAAAUUUGGUUGAUUGCAAUAUCGGUCUACCCACUGUCGCCGACUUCCCUCAAGACAACAAGAAUGCUCGACUCUUUGUCGCAUAUGUCGAGAUUUGCUCGAUCCUGGGGCAAUGUGGCAAAGCUCUGAGCGGAGGUUAUUCCCAUUGGGCACCAGUUGAGGUUGGCCGCAGUCUUCAGCGCUGGAUCUAUCAACUACCCGACUGCUUGAAGCUCAACAAUGCUCUUGAUUAUGAUUUUGAGGCCCGCCAGCUAUACCUGAUAUACUUCACCGCUGUAUCCAUUCUUUACGGACCCGGGCGGUCUGGUAACUGUACAUCAGUAGCGCCAAUCCUCGCCUCCUCGUGUGUCGCGCGGAUCUUCGAAGAUUUCCUGGCUCGCGACCAGCUCAGGUGUCUGGCCCCAAUGACCAUAUUUUACCUCAGAGUGGCUGCUCUGCCGCAGUUAUGUUGCUUCAACUUCAGUCCACUUUGGAACGUCUCCAAAGUUGAAUUGUCGGUGAUUCAAAAGGCCCUGCAUGAGAUGGCACAGACCUGGCAUUCUGCACGGAGAGCUCUGCGGAUUCUGACGAAGCUCGUCAACACCGUGAAGCGCGGACCGGAGACAGAUCGCCCUCUGACUGACCUGGAUCUCUCUCCCGAGCAGCUGUCAUUCUUUGAGAUGAUCCCGGAAGAAUUAUGCCCAAAGAGGCAUAUAAUUAAGACGGCAAUGGACGCCGCACGGGUCGACCUUCAGGAGAAACCCAAUGCCCGCGUCCAAAACCCUUCUAGUCUCGCGAACCUCAAUGCCGUAAGCAUGCGACCGGACUCAAUGGCGGCCUCUGACAGUACCAUGCGGGAACUGACAACUGCUGCCUCACUAAAGCCUUUGUCGAUCGCCUUGGGUGCGCCAGUUGGAGAGAUCCAAGAUUACACAGCGGCAGACUCAUGGUUUACUAACGAUAACAGCGACUGGAUUGGUGGUGACAACAGCCUGGGGUCAGGACUUGACUUUGACGACGACGACCACCUUUUCAUGUCGCUUCAUGAACGCCUUUUGCAGGACUUGAGGUAG